AUGAAGACCUUCAGUGCCGCAACACUCAUCACCGCGUUCCUCGCCGCUACCGAAGGAAUAAACGCCAUCACCGACACCAGGACCAGCCCGUUGAGAGAGAAAGCAGCGACCAAGGGUAUUCUCAUCGGGUCCGGGGCUAUUAAUCCGACCUAUCUCGAUGAUCCUCAGUUUGCGACCGUCCUUGCCGAGCAGUUCGAGAGCCUCUCCCCCGAGAACGAGAUGAAGUGGUCGUUCAUCCACCCGACCAAAGGGCACUACAACUGGGAGACAAUCGACCGCCUGGUCCACUUCGCCGAAGCGCACGAUAUGGUGGUAAAGGGCCACGGGCUUAUCUCGAGCUGCUGCAACCCCAACUACCUAGUCAAUAUCACCGACCCUACGGCCCUUCGUGCUGCAAUGACGGCGCAUUUCAAGGCAGUCAUGCAGCGGUACCACGGCAAGGUAGAUCGGUGGGAUGUUGUUACCGAAGCCCUCAAGACGCAGGGCGGCGGCCUGCAGAUCAACGACUUCUACAAGGUUCUCGGUCCUAGCUACAUUGAUGACGCCUUCCGUAUCGCCCGUGCGGCAGCCCCGGAUGCCAAGCUAUUCAUCAACGAGGCUACGGUCGAGUCAUUCCCUGGCAAGCGUCAGGAGCUCUACAAUCUGGUUUCUAGGCUCGUGGCGGACGGCGUCCCAAUUGAUGGAGUUGCCCUGCAAAUGCACAUCACGGAAGGACUACCUGUCCAACCGGGUGUAAUCAAGGAGAUCGUCGACUCCUACAAGGCCCUCAGAUUGGAAGUAUCGAUCGCUGAAAUGGAUGUCCACACGCUCAACACCACGCUCCAAACCGAUAUCUACAGCGCUAUCGUCUCUGAGGCUCUUGAUGCAGGAAUCACUGACAUCAGUUUCUGGGGAUUUACCGAUAAGCACGCCUACACCUGGAUAAAGGGUGCGAAGCCAUUGAUGUUCGAUGAGUACUACAACCCUAAGGGUGCGUUCUACGCUACCCACACUGCCCUGGCAAGCUUCGACAAUGGGACCCAAAAUGAUCAAUCGGCACCUGGCAAUCAAAAUUGUGCAAAAGGAUUGGCUGGGUCUCUGCAGGGGGAAUAGAUGUCGAGAGUGACUUUAUUAGGGUGUCUGCGGAAGAUCCAACACUGCCGAAUGCUCGACAUUUUCCAUAUCCCAAAGGCUUUGAACAACCUCUGGGAGCCUUGGUCCCGCCAACAUUCUGUAUUCUAGAGUAUUCAAUAUCAAUCAAUAAUAUACGGUCUUAAAGUAUCCAAUCGUUAGGCGCAUACCAACUAAUUCAUACUGUAUCCAACCCAUCCUAACAGCCGUAAGACGUAACUCAAAUAUAAGUAUAUUGAUCGAAAUCUACCGUCCGGGAGAUAUAUACGCAACCGAAGGAACCGGUAAACACGUAAGAGUCAUUCGAACUCUACACGAGACGUCAAUUAUCAAGAAUUCGAGCGUGUCCUCCGCCUGCUAGAGUCUUAUGGUAGUACCAUGGUCCCACGCACUUGUGAAGUGCAAGUCGUUCGAAAAACUCUUCGGGCUUCUGCGCAAUGGUGCUUCAAGAAAACAACCCUGCUUCCUGGAAAUUGUCGGACAGAGCCAGUAACGUGAAGGCCCUUUUCUCUAUGCAGAAAAGGAAAGAAGAUAGAAAGCUGGCCGCG